AUGGGAAAUGCUUUUGCCAAUUUAUUCAAAAGCCUCUUUGGCAAAAAGGAAAUGAGAAUACUUAUGGUCGGACUAGACGCUGCCGGUAAAACCACAAUUUUGUACAAACUCAAAUUGGGUGAAAUUGUAACCACGAUCCCUACUGUUGGAUUUAAUGUCGAAACUGUAGAAUAUAAAAACGUAAGUUUUACUGUAUGGGAUGUAGGCGGGCAAGAUAAAAUAAGGCCUUUGUGGAGACACUAUUUCCAAAACACUCAAGGACUCAUUUUCGUGGUCGAUAGCAAUGACAGAGAUCGUAUCGGUGAAUCCAAAGACGAGCUGAUGCGUAUGCUAGCUGAAGACCAACUCAGAGAUGCAGUACUUUUGAUUUUUGCUAACAAACAAGAUUUACCAAAUGCGAUGAAUGCAGCGGAAAUCACUGAUAAAUUGGGGUUGCAUUCGCUCAGAAAUCGCAAUUGGUACAUCCAGGCUACUUGCGCGACAAGCGGAGAUGGACUGUACGAGGGCCUGGAUUGGGUUUCCAACCAGAUGAAGAAUUUUAACCGUUAA